AUGUUUAUAGUAAAUAUAGCACAACCAUUGAGACGCGAAAUGCAAUCCAAAAUGCUUAGUGUCAUCACGAGGAGUAUACGACCUCGUUCAUGCCAACUCCCACCGACUUACUACUUCUACCGACAAUUGCAUACUUCGCGCCCCGUGAGAUUUAACCAAAUAGUGGAGCAAUUUGUUGAUGAACUUAAAGAUGACAAUGACAAAGAUAAUAAGGGGAAAGAAAACAAUAGCAACAACGAAAAAGAAUCCGUAUUCGAUCGUUUUAAAUCUUUUCUUACAAAAUGUCUCGAGACAAUUGGUAUAACCAUUUCAUCAGUCGGGGUAUUGGGAUUGGCUGGGUUCUUGUACCAUCGAUUUUAUAAUGAUCAUGUAUUAUGGAAAAUGAAUCAAGCUUUUGAAAAAGGUGAUCCUUCUGCUCAGAUAAAGAUGCAUACAAGAACCCAUGAUGAUAGUAAUGACCAUUUUAUUAAUGCUCAUUGGGUCGAGCGACCACAACAAAAGUUACUUGAUGAAAUUAUCGCUGGGAAGAUUAUUGGCAGGUACUUUCUCAUCAUUGGCGAAAAGGGAACCGGUAAAACUUCGUUGAUAAUGGAGGCAAUGAAGAAAGUCGAUGGAUAUAACGUAACCAUUUUUGACGCACACGCAGAUCCGGAAAUUUUUCGUAUUCGAUUGGGAAAGGCAUUGAACUUCACUUUCAAUGAAGAUUACAUUGGUUCAUUGUUUUCAAUAAGAGGACCAAGGGAUACUACAGCUCUUUUGGAUAUUGAGCGUGCUUUUAGCAAAUUGGAGGAAUUGGCAAUUCAACGUGUAGGUAAGAUUAGGAGACCAUUGAUUAUGAUUAUCAAUAAUGCUCAUUUGAUUAAAGAGAACGAAGAAGGGGUCAAAUUGUUGGAGUUGUUGCAGCAAAAGGCCGAAUCUCUUAGUGGCCUGGGGUUGCUCACAAUGGUGUUCAAUAGUGAUGAUUAUUGGGUUUACGAGAAACUAAAACAGUUGGGAACAAGAUUGGAGUUGAUAAAUGUACGUGACUUCAAUCGUUAUGAGACCGUUAAUGCACUUAAAUUCAUCCGUCACCGAUAUUUCCCUCUGGACAAAGUUUUGAAAGAUGAUAUGUGUAAUGCAGUUUAUGAUUUAAUUGGUGGUCGUCCACAACAUAUAACUCAAGUGGCUCGUCACAAUGACAUCAUUAAAGCGUGCCAUGAGAUUAUUGAUCGAGAAAAGACGUGGUUUCUCAACCAAUGCGGAUUACUAGGCCUGGAUAUGGAUGAUGACGUGAUGGAAAGUGGAAAGUUUUCCAGUAGUGCCAUGUUACUCAUGAGAGAAUUUGUUGAAAUGGAUCGAAAUAGAAUGAAUACAUUGAUUACAAGUGAAAAGUCUCGAGAUUUUACUGAACAUCAGUUACCUGAAUUGCCCCUUUGGCGAGCGCGUCAAAUCAUGACAAGAGCUGAUUAUAUUCAACGAUAUGAUAACUUAAAUAUUUUCACCAUUGAUUCUGAGUCUCGCGUACGGGCAGAUUCAGUACCCAUGAUGCGAGCAUUUCAUGAAAUUGCGUCGCAGCCUCAUUUUGAUGUGUUGUUGGGAGAUACUAUUGACCGAGUUGGGGAUAUUGAAUCAUUAGGAAGGACAAGAGAGAUUGUAUUGAAGGAUUUAAAUUUGGGUAGUAAGUAUAUUUUGCAACGAAAUAAUGGUGAUGAAGUGGCAAUGACAAUGAUUAAAUCAGCUAAAGAAGCUGAUCUACACGGGGAUUUUGAUGAGUUUAAUGAAGAAGCAGAGAGUAAAGCUGGUGCGGAAAGAGGGGUUGAAGAGGGGGGACAGGAAGAAGAUCAUGUGGACGAAGACGAUUUGUAUUUGGAAGAGAUUAAUAGGAAAGAUUCACGAAAAUGGUGGAAAAAGAGGAUGCAAAAAUUUGAUCAGUUGUACUUACCGGAGAAGUAUCGACAUGGUCAUGAAGACGAUAUAGACUUGAAUCGAGUUGACGAGGAAUGA